CGAUUUUCAAAUGUUGUAGAUAUUAAGUAAAAUCUAAUUGCCUGAAGACCAGAAAAAUUGGGGUAAGGUCAAGCUAACGGUGUUGUCUCGAAAAAAAAAAUUGGCUUAUCAAAUUCAUCAACUUCGCUGAAGCUAAAUGUUUGGGCUGUCUUUGAUCGAAACGGUUUGAAAUUGUGUACGCUGCUGAAGAGAAAUUUAAGGUCAAAAUAUGUUUAAGUUUAUCCCAUUUUCAAUUGUUUGUGUGCUACUGCAGAUGAGUUUGACAUCCGCUUCUCCACAAGGUUAUUUAAGUAAAGCCGGAGAUUUCUGGACUACUCUGGGAGUUGUCCCUGUUCUUAUUGAUGCGGCUCCUCCAGAAACACUUAUUGUUGAAUAUGAAGGUGGUUUAACUGUAAAUGGAGGAAAUCAAUUGACACCUACUCAAGUACAAAACAAACCCGUCAAAAUUCAGUGGACCUUUCAAGAUGGAGAUCUUUUUACUCUUUGCUUAAUCGAUCCUGAUGCUCCUUCACGGGAUCUCCCGCUAUUAAGGGAGUUUCAACAUUGGAUAGUCGUAAACGUUCCUGGGAAUGACUUUAUGAAAGGGGAGGCUUUGGCUGUUUACCUGGGUUCUCAACCACCUCCAUUAACCGGUUUCCACAGAUAUACAUUUUUAGUGUACAAACAGCCCAAUUAUCUUACAUGUGACGAAAACCGCUUGCUGGAACAGAACAUUAAAGGUCGUGGGAAAUUUUCAAUUCGAAAAUUUGCCGCAAAAUAUAAUCUCGGACAGCCGGUGGCUGGAAAUGUAUUCCUAUCCAAGGCAUAAUUUUGUUAAUGAUGAUUUUUGAUUAAGAAAUUGUUGGAUAAAAUACUCGAAGUUUAU